GGUGAUGUCAUGGCGAGAGCCCAGCAGUGGUGCUGAUGUUGAGAGAAGCCUAGGGUACCACUAAUUGAGGGAGUGAGAAGAGAACAGCUCUCUUUGGAAACCGGACUGCAGGGUUGUGAUUGUGUUCUGAGCCAGUAAUAAACACUCGCUGUGACUUUCAGUCAACCCAACCACCAGAUUCCAGCCAACAUGACCCUUGCAGCCUACAAGGAGAAGAUGAAGGAGCUCCCACUGGUGUCUCUGUUCUGCUCCUGCUUCCUGUCCGAUCCCCUGAAUAAAUCAUCCUACAAGUAUGAAGGCUGGUGUGGGAGACAGUGUAGGAGGAAAGGUCAAAGCCAGCGGAAAGGCAGUGCUCACUGGAGAGAAAGAAGAGAAGAGGCAGAUACGGUGGACCUGAACUGGUGCGUCAUCUCUGACAUGGAAGUCAUCGAGCUGAACAAGCGCACCUCCGGCCAGUCCUUUGAAGUCAUCCUGAAGCCACCCUCCUUCGAUGGGGUGCCCGAGUUUAACGCCUCCCUCCCCCGACGGCGAGACCCAUCCUUAGAAGAGAUUCAGAAGAAACUAGAAGCAGCUGAGGAGCGAAGGAAGUACCAGGAAGCGGAGCUCCUGAAGCACCUAGCAGAGAAACGAGAGCACGAGCGAGAGGUGAUCCAGAAAGCCAUUGAGGAAAACAACAACUUCAUCAAGAUGGCAAAAGAGAAGCUGGCCCAGAAGAUGGAGUCUAAUAAGGAGAAUCGGGAGGCCCACCUGGCCGCCAUGCUGGAGCGGCUGCAAGAGAAGGACAAGCACGCAGAGGAGGUGCGGAAGAACAAGGAGCUGAAGGAAGAGGCCUCCAGGUAAAGCCCAGAGGCCAAGGAAGCUUCCAGGACAGCCAGACGGCUCCCACAGCAACCUGGUUCCAGCAGCCUUGGCUGCUGGCUGCUCUCCCAGCACUGGGGUUUGGGGGGUGGGGGGUGGCCAAGGGGCGUUUCCUCUGCUUUUGGUGUUUGUAUAUGUAAGGAUUGACCAGUGAAGCCAUCCUAUUUGUUUCUGGGGAACAAUGACGGGGUGGGAGAGGGGACAGAAGGAGAGAGUGUGGAAAGAGAGGUAGCGAUGAGCCCAUGGACAUUGUGACACUGUCCACUGACUGAAGACUUGGGCCAAGGCCCCCGCUUUUCACGGCUCUGCCUGGACAUCCAGCCUCCAGGUUCUGAGUGGAGAGAAGAUGAGAACCGAGGCAAAAAUUCAGAGUGAAGGGCAGAGUCCAGGUGGGGUAAUGGCUGCAGGGCCAGCAGGACAAACCCAUCUGGAUGGAGUGAGACCCGCCCUUCAGUGGGUGGUACAAGGUCUGUGUGUGUGUGUGUUAAUUGUCAUCUUUUGAUCAUCAUGACCAAUGAAACAUUUACUUCAA